AACGUAGCGUUAGCGUCGUGCAACACCUUUCAUUGUAUUGACUAUUGACUGAUUCUGAACACUGAGAAUAAUGUAUAAAGUUAAUUUAUCAUAUUAUUGCCUUAGUUCUUGUUGAAAUCUAUCUUACUAUGUUUUAGUUUAAGUGUAAUCAUGCCUCCGUUUACGAGAAUGUGAAAGAAGACAGCCAGUCGGGUGCUACGCGGCCAUUUUACUUGCAAUGCGGCAACGGUGUACGAUCCGCCAUUGGAAACGGCCUGUGUCUUUUUCUGUGUGCAAGAUUUUUAUUUUGUCGAAUAUCGUGGCAUAGAAACAACGGAUAACCAUGUGUGAUAAAAGUGUUGUGCGGACUUUUGUGUAGUGAAGCACGGUGGUCGGGUGAUUCGAAUAAUGUGCGAACGAUGGAAAACGAAGUGAAGCAGCGCAAUCAGAGAAAUAGGCGAAGGGAGCGGGCACAGCGCAUGCAAGCACAGCGAGAGAGCAAAGUUAAGGAUGGGGACAGUGGCGAGGACGAGUCUCCGGCGAGAGAGAAGCCGCCUCGUCCUCCGGCCAGGCGGAAGAAGUCGCGGGAGCCGCUGGGAGAAGAGGAUAUCAUUGAUGGUUUCGCCAUAAUGGCAUUUCGCACCUACGAAGAUCUAGAGGCUGCAGUAAAAUGUGCUUCUUCACCUCGUACCAACGCGCUGUCAACAAAGCCUCGGCUGCCAUUGGCAGCUUUGGCGGCAGACGCGGCACGCAUACACCCGCCAAACAACGUCAACUCUCAUGGCAUUACGCUGCUUCAAGACGCUGGCACGUCGGAUGAUAGUGGACGGGCAUCAGAAAGGCUCACGGGGAGUUCGGUCGCACCUCGCGAUCCUGACUCUUCCCGUGAUCGCCUUAGCGACGCCAGUAGCCGCUGUAGUUCCGGAAAAGGCUAUAUCUGUGAUAGUGAAGGCGACGACGAUAAGGCGAGUCCAGAGAGCAGUAGAAAUGCCUCACCAAGAUAUCAUGACGCGUCCAUGGAUGAUGUAAGUGACGCAGGUUCUUUGUUCCGGGUGGCGGGCGCGGGCGGUGGUGGCGGCGGCAAAAACGAACUGGUGGCGCGGGGCGGCAGCGGCGGCGCGCUAGCCCUGUCGCGCGCGCCGGUCGGCGGCAGCGCCAGCCCCGCGCCCGCGCCGCUCCCCCAGCCCGCGCCCUCGCCGGCGCCCGCCGCCUUGCCGCCGCCCGCGCUUCCACCGCCGCCGUUCCGGGCCGACACGCCGCUGAGGCCCAACGGUGCUCACAUACCCGCGAUCGAUGGUCAGGCCGCCACGCAAAUACCGGCGCGGCCGGUCGGCGCCGCCGGGCCCGACACGCCCGAACGUCCCGCGAGCAACAACAAGCUGCAGCCCGGCGCCCGCGCCGCUGCCGACAGCCCGACGCCGGCGCCGCCCGCGCCUCCGGCUCCGUCGCCGCUCUUCCCCUCGCAUUCAGCGUAUCAGUCGCACGCCGCAGCGGCGAUGCCCGACUACCGGCUCACGAACCACGAGACGCGGACCGGGCCGCCGGAGCAGCCGCCGGCGCCGCUGGACCUGAUCGCUCACCACGCGGCGCGGCCGCCGCCCGGCGCGCCCGCCUCAGCGCAGGCGGCGCAUCCUAGUCUUCAGAGUCGAGUGCCCCACUCGCAGCCUCACCCCUUGAUGCCCGGCCACGACGUCCGAAACGCGGCGACGGCGGCCCCGGCUCACACCUCCGUUCCUACCUCCUAUUCCAACCGCGUCAAUGGAGUGCCUCAAAGUGUCCCUCCGCAUUCGCUCUCCACGCCGCCCUCCAACACCAGCUGUCUUCCUAUUCAAUCCAUGCCCGGACGGGCCAUUUCUCCGGCCGCGCCCACCUCUCGCCCCUAUCCAACUCCGUCGAUCGGGUCUAGUCAUAUAAACACAAGUAUGAGUUCCAAUAUUCACGGUCAUCCGAUGCCUUAUCAGAGCCAGCCGAGCUUACAGAAACAUUCCGUUCAGUCGGCGUACACGAAUAGGCCUCCGCAUCUCGCACCGUUCAGUGUUGCGAGCCACCUAACGUCCAGUCAUAUUCAAUCUUCGACGUCGAGCCAAACGACUGUUGCGCAAAUAAGCCACCCUCUUAGUAGCCAUUCCAUUUUGAACCAUACGAGCCAUCUCUCUAUGAGUAACUCCAGUCCGCUGAUGGCAACGUCUACACCAAACCAUAUCGGUCCGCCUCUUUCUUUGUCUUCUACCACUAGUACAAUUUCAAGUUACACCACGAGCCUUAAACACCCAGGUCUAAGUAUGCCGCCUCAUGCGGCUCCCCUGGCGCCCCCUGCGUCCAUACACACACCAAUUAAUCACGUGGAAACAACACCCGCUGUCAGUAUCGCUCCUGCGAUAAUUCCUCCCGUGUCUAGUAGUAGUAAUAGUACCCAUACGUUAGCUCCCCCUGUAGUAGAUUCUAGGCAACCUGUCGUGUCUUCGAGUGAACUGCCGUCUCGGACUGAAAGUCCUGCGGUCAGUUCAACUCUCGCUUCUAAUGGAUUCCCGCCUCCCGUUGUCUAUUCUGGAACUACUUACCCGCCACUCUACGCGCCUUAUGCCACCACACUUCAACACAGUCCCUACCUCCCACCCGCAGCGGCUUCCCCAAGGAACACAGAUACGCGAACAAGUUUAUCAGCAUCGCCUCUUGUGGCGCCGAAGACGCCGAAAGGCGUGCGACCGCACACUCCGGGCUCUACCGGCGGCGCUGGCUCCGCCCCUGCGCACGCGCCGCUCUCCUACUCGCCCCGCGGACACAGCCCUAAUAGGGAACGAGAAAGUUUCAGCAGCAACAUCAGCAGUCUGUCGCGCAGCACGUCCGCAUCGGCCGCGAGCGCGCCGGCGCCGCAGCAGUCGCACGCGCCCGCGCUCGUCGCGCCGCUGUCCGCGCCGCUCGCCGCGCCGCUCGCGGCACCUUUGUCAUCAGGGCUGAGCGCGCCUCUCAGCAGUUCCCUAGUCCCACCGCUGGGCGCUCCGCUGGCGGCGCCCACGCCCACGCCGGCUGCGCCCACGCCCACUCACCUGACGCAUUCCCUCGCGCCGGUGCCCACGGUGCCAAGCAUCAGCUCCAGUGCCAAACCGCCCGCCCACUGGGGGGUAACCAGGCCCGCAGGCCCGGAGCGAUCGAGCAGCGGGUUCGCGCCUGCGCCGCCGUUGUUCGGCGCGCCGCUCGCGCCGCCUAACCCUAACCCCUUCUCGGCGGAGUCGCUCUUCCAAUCUAGCCCGGGCGCAGACCUGCUGCGGCGCGAGCUCGACAACCGUUUCCUGGCGGCGGCGGGCGCGGCGGGCGGCGUGCGCACCGAGCUGCACCACCACCAGCACCAGCACACGCACGUGCACCAGCACCCGCCGCACGCGCCCCACCAGCCCCACCAGCCCCACCCGCCCCACGCGCCCCAUGCGCCCCACGCGCCGCCGCCGCCCCACCCGCAUCACCAGCUGUUAGUGCCGCAUGCGCCACUCUUCAAAGACAUGGGCAAGAUGCCGUCGCUAUACCGCACGGGGCUAGGGCUCGGCUACCCGUACUCGUCCAGCCUGCUGCAUCCCGCGGCGCCCUAUGUGCCGCCCGCGCCGCUGUCCAGCUACGCGCCUAAGCCCGUAGUGUCAGCAGCAAGCGACUCCGCCACUAAACCACCACCACGCCCCGCUACCGCGAAAACCGGAAAAUGGAACGCCAUGCACGUCAGGAUCGCGUGGGAGAUCUACAACCACCAGCAGAAGGAGAAGUCGGGGACGAGCACCGCGCCCGGCGCCGCCGCCGACAAGGAGAAGCUGCGCGCCUUCCCCGCGCCCGCGCCGCCGCCGCCCGCCUACCGCUCGCCCUACGACCUGCCGCCCGCGCCCUACCUGCACCACCCGCACCUCGGCGUGCGCUACGACGAGCGCGCCGGGCUCGUGGGCGCGCCGCCCGCGCCCGACCGCCUGCGCGUCUCCGGCGUGUCGCCCUUCGGCCGCUACGCGCCCGCCUUCCCCGCCGCGCCCGCCUUCCCGCUGCCCUACGGCCGCGACCUGGCGCUGUCCUCCUCGCUGCACGCCGUGCACCACCCGCCGCUGCCGCUGCACGACGCCUGGCGCCCGCGCGCGCCCGUCUCCGCCGCCGCCGCCGCCGAGGCGCGCCGCGAGCACGAGGAGCGCGAGCGCGCGCGCCGCGAGCGGGACGAGCGCGAGCGCCGGGACCGCGACGAGCGCGAGCGCCGCAAGGCCCGCGAGCGGGAGCGCGACCUGGAGCGCGCGCGCACGCGCUCGCCGCUGCGCAACGGCGCGCCCGAGCCCGAGCGCAAGGACGAGCGCAAGGAGCCGCCACGGCCGCCGCCCGCGCUGCCGGCGUACGCGCCGCCGCCGUGGGACCCGUACCGGCCGUUCGACCCGCUGCAGCACAUGCGCUUCGCGCCGCUGGUGGAGGCGGCCAUCCGCGCGGAGGAGGACCGCGCCAAGAUGCUGAGCGCGUACGCGCACCACCAGCAGCUGAAGGCGGGCCCGCUGCUGCACCGCGGGCUGCACGCGGGGCUGCCGCUGGCGCACGGCGCGCUGUCGCACGCGCCGCUGGCGCCGCCGCUGGCGCCGCUGGCCCCGCUGGCGCCGCUGGACCUGCUCAAGAAGGAGGAGCCGCGAUGAUAGCGCCCGCCGCGAGCGCCGUCUCCGUCUGUACAUAGAGUAGUGUAAACGACGUCGCGAGUGAGAGUACGACUAAAGUAAUGUAUAUCGUUUCGCAUUAUCGGUUUAGAGAAUUAUUUAUUGUAAGUCGCUCGCCGCACGACGCUCGCUAGUCUGCCCGGGCGCGGCAUGUGCAAUAUCGGCGAGGACUGGGCGCGUCGCCGCCGGCCUGUACACUACUGCUUGUUUAUUUACUUGAAAAUAUCUAUCGAGUUGUUAUUGUGACCAUUAUUAGUUAAUUAUACAUCAAAUUGCUGAUUAUGUGAAGGAUAGGAUUAUCAGAAUCGCUAUCGAUAUAAUUAUACAUAUUUAUAUAUACUUAUAAAUAAAUGUAAAUAUUAGUAUGUAAAUUAGUGUUAUAAUAUAGAAUUGGUUUAUUUAACGUCAAUACAAAAGAAAAAUCCCAUAAAUUAUUAUUGUAUCGGGAGUUAUAAUUUACACUUCCGUUAAAAAUCUCAUAAUGGUUUUUCGAUUGUACCAGUGGAGUUUUAUUUAUUUAUUUAUACUCCUUAAAUAGUGAAAGUGAUCAGUUAAACUAAAAGAAUACAAUCUGUUAUAAAUAGUGGUUGAUAUUUCAUUUUAAUGCAUUUAAAGUAUGUGAUAUUAUUGUAACAUGAAAUACAUUUUGUCUGACUUCAAAGUAGUGUCUGUUGUCAAGUAUUAUAGAUCUAAUUAUUACGACAGUAUGUUGAAAUUUUAAUAAAAAAUAUCCGUAUAUUAGCUACAUUUAUUUUAAAAUGUGAGCAAUAAAAAUCUAAAAUUAACUAAGUUUGGCUAUUGAUUUAAAAAGUUGUUAUUUACUCUUAUGUGCCAUUAAAUUCCUAUUGAAACCGUUGAGUCAGACAAAAUUGAAUUAGAAUCAGUUGUAAUAAGGCACAUCAAGAUGAUUGUCAUUUAAAUCUCGAAAAGGAUGUCAGAAAAUUGUAUCAUAGUUUACAAAAUCAUUCUGUAUACUAAAAGGUAAUGAAAGCUUGGUGCGAUUCAGAAAAUACCAUUAAAACUUUUGAUUUUUAUA